CCACGUGUGUGGAGAGAAAGGAGGAGACAAUACAAAGCAAAGCUGUUUGCUUGCUUGCAUUAACUUAACUUUACCCUCGAACCAAGAUCAGAUCCCGAAUCAAUCAAUCGACAACUCAACUGAUUGAUAGAUAGAUAGUUUGAAGUUGCUUGAACUGGAACUGGGAUUGUAAAGGAAGAAGAAGGUUAUGGAUUCUGCGCGUAUCUUGCAAUGCCAUUCGCACAUGAUCCGUUCUGGGAGUCGGAAGAAGGAAAAGCAAUUAGGAGGAUCAUCAUCAUCAUCAUCAUUCUCCAUCCAUCAUCUCUGUCGUCACACUCCUCAUCCUCUUCUUCUUCACCGUCCUAAAACUGUUCCGCAUAUCUCCGCUGUCUCUUCGACUUCCACCCAAACUAGGGAAGAACGAAAUAAUAAGAAGAAGAACAAAGUUCGGCUGCGUCUUCGAUUAAAUCACCAAGUUGAGUUUGGUGAUCAUGUUGUCAUUUCAGGAUCAGCCAAAGAAUUAGGGUCCUGGAAGAAACCUGUUCCGUUGGAUUGGACACAAGAAGGAUGGGCAUGUUACCUGGAUUUCCAAGGGAGCCAACAACUUGAGUUCAAAUUCAUAAUUGUCGACAAGGACAACACUCUGCUUUGGGAAGCUGGAGAUAACAGGCUCUUGAACUUGCCCGAGGAAGGUCAUUUUGAGAUGGUUGCAACAUGGAACGCCACGCGCGAGAAUAUGGACCUUCAGCCUUUGGAAUUGGAUUUUGAUGGAGGAGAGAUUCAACAAGAAAAGGACUUCUCUGACGCUGCUACUAAUGAUGCUCCUCUUUCCCAAUCAGAAGAGCCAAGUCCUUUUGUAGGUCAGUGGCAAGGUAACACUGUUACUUUCAUGCAAUCCAACCAACAUCGGACCCAUGAAACAGAAAGGAAAUGGGACACUACUGGUCUUCAAGGCUUGCCUCUCAAGUUGGUUCAAGGUGAUCAAAACGCAAGGAAUUGGUGGAGAAAGCUUGAUAUAGUACGCGAAAUUAUAGCUGAGAGUCUGCUUGGUAAAGAUCCAUUGGAGGCACUCAUAUACUCUGCUAUCUACCUCAAGUGGAUUAACACAGGGCAAAUAACAUGUUUCGAAGAUGGUGGUCACCACCGACCCAAUAGGCAUGCUGAGAUUUCAAGGCUUAUAUUUCGUGAAUUAGAGCGACAUACCAGUCAAAAGGAUAUCUCUCCACAGGAAGUUCUAAUUGUUCGUAAGAUUCACCCCUGUUUGCCAUCUUUCAAGGCAGAAUUCACUGCUUCUGUUCCUUUGACUCGAAUUAGAGAUAUUGCUCAUCGAAAUGAUAUCCCACAUGACCUGAAGACACAAAUUAAACAUACAAUACAAAACAAGCUUCAUCGAAAUGCUGGUCCUGAAGAUUUGGUUGCUACAGAAGCUAUGCUUGCUAAAAUCACAAAGAACCCUGGAGAAUAUAGUGAAACCUUUGUGGAGCAGUUCAAGAUAUUUCAUCGAGAACUCAAGGACUUCUUUAAUGCUGGCAGUCUUUCCGAACAGCUAGAGUCAAUUCACGAAUCUAUGGAUAAAUAUGGGAUUUCAUCACUUGAUUCAUUCUUGCAGUGCAAACAGACAAUGGACUCUGCUGCAGACUCAACACCUGGUGUGGAACAAGAAAUUAAACUUCUGUUUAAAACCAUGGAAUCCUUGAUUGCUUUGAGAGAAACUUUUGUCAAGGGUCUUGAAAGUGGCCUCAGAAAUGAUGCUCCAGAUUCCGCAAUUGCUAUGCGUCAAAAGUGGCGCCUCUGUGAGAUUGGGCUUGAGGAUUACUCAUUUGUUCUUUUAAGCAGAUUUAUCAAUGUGCUUGAAGCUAUGGGAGGUGCUCAUUGGCUGGCUGCAAAUUUGCAGUCAAAAAAUGUGAACUCUUGGAAUGACCCGCUUGGGGCCCUUACUAUUGGAGUCCACCAGUUGAAGUUAUCUAAUUGGAAGCCAGAAGAAUGUGGUGCUAUUGAAAAUGAGCUCAUUGCCUGGAGUGCAAGAGGCCUUUCUGAAAGGGAAGGAAAUGAAGAUGGCAAGAUGAUCUGGGCAUUGAGACUGAAAGCUACUCUUGAUAGAUCAAAGAGGCUAACUGAUGAAUACACUGAAGAACUUCUUAAAAUAUUUCCUCAAAAAGUCCAGACACUAGGAAAAGCUCUAGGAAUCCCUGAAAACAGUGUCAGAACAUAUACUGAAGCUGAGAUUCGUGCUGGCGUGAUUUUUCAGGUUUCAAAACUAUGUAUUCUUCUGCUAAAAGCUGUUAGAAGUACACUUGGUUCUGAUGGUUGGGAUGUUCUUGUUCCAGGAGCUGUUUUAGGAACAUUAGUUCAGGUUGAAAGAAUUGUUCCUGGAUCCCUACCAUCUUCAGUGGAAGGUCCAAUUAUCCUUCUUGUUAACAGAGCUGAUGGUGAUGAAGAGGUAACAGCUGCUGGGAGGAACAUAGUGGGAGUUAUACUUCAGCAAGAGCUGCCUCACUUGUCUCAUCUUGGUGUUAGGGCCCGGCAGGAGAAAGUCGCCUUUGUAACGUGUGAAGAUGAUGAAAAAAUUGCUGAUGUAAAAAGUCUUAUUGGGUCAUGUGUGAGGUUGGAUGCAUCCGCUGCUAGUGUUACUCUGAAGUUGUCUUCUUCAGUGGACUCCAAUGGCAGUUUUUCUGUUGAAAGGGCUUCUGAUGAUAGUUUCUCUGGAGUUGAGGUUCCUGCUUUCUCUGCUGGUGGAAUCUCCAAUUCUAAUCAGGAUGCUUCAUCUGGUGGAGUUAUCUUGCUUCCUGAUGCAGAGACUCAGACUUCCGGUGCAAAGGCUGCUGCAUGUGGUCGCUUGUCAUCAUUGUCUGCAGUUUCUGAUAAAGUUUACAGUGAUCAGGGAGUGCCUGCUUCUUUCCAAGUUCCUUCUGGGGCAGUUUUGCCUUUUGGAUCCAUGGAAUUAGAGCUAGAGAAGAGCAACUCGACUGAAACAUUCCGGUCUAUACUGGAUAAGAUAGAAACAGCAAAACUGGAGGGUGGUGAACUUGAUGGUCUUUGCCAUCAACUCCAGGAACUGGUUUGUUCCCUGAAGCCAUCAAAAGAUGUCAUUGAAAGCAUUGGGAGAAUAUUUCCAAGCAGUGCAUGUUUAAUUGUUCGAUCCAGUGCCAAUGUAGAGGACUUAGCUGGAAUGUCAGCAGCUGGACUUUAUGAAUCAAUACCCAAUGUUAGUCCUUCCAAUCCAACAGUUUUUGGAAAUGCAGUUAGCCGAGUUUGGGCUUCGCUGUACACACGAAGGGCAGUUUUGAGCCGGCGUGCUGCUGGCGUGCCUCAGAAGGAAGCUUCAAUGGCUAUUCUGAUUCAAGAAAUGCUCUCACCUGAUUUGUCAUUUGUGCUACAUACCGUGAGCCCAACAAACCAGGAUAGUAAUACUGUGGAGGCUGAGAUUGCUUGUGGGCUGGGUGAAACUCUGGCUUCUGGAACUCGGGGCACACCAUGGCGCAUAUCAUCUGGGAAAUUUGAUGGGGUUGUACAAACGCUGGCUUUUGCAAACUUGAGUGAGGAGUUGCUGGUACGUGGUGCAGGACCUGCUGAUGGGGAGGUUAUCCGUUUAACUGUGGAUUACAGCAAGAAACCCCUGACAGUUGACCCAGUUUUCCGGCGACAACUUGGUCAACGCCUAUGUGCCGUUGGGUUUUUCCUGGAAAGAAAGUUUGGGUCCCCACAAGAUGUAGAAGGAUGUCUUGUUGGAAAAGACAUCUAUAUUGUUCAGACAAGGCCCCAACCUAAUUAAACACACAUGAAAUCUCUUGUCUGUAAGACUGUAACUAUAGUUAUUCAUACGGAUGGGUGGCCUCUGCCUCUUGAAAUGACAGUAAUUUUAUGUGAAACAGCUGCUGCACAAUAGUUUCUGAGGUAUAGAGGAAGCACGUAGCUAGUACUUUUUAGUUUUAAUUUGGAGCUGUAUGGAUUAAGUAUUGCAAUGGAUUGUAAAAAAACAGAUUGAGACUAUCA